UAGAGCACAGUCGACAUACGCCAUCACUCCGCAUUCAUAGGGACCAAUCAAUUGAUCGCCUGCUAUCGAUGUGUAGUUAUUAUUUUAAUGAGUUGGUUUGACAAAAAGAAACGGACCGAUAGGCACUAUCUAUGUCGUCCCCACGGUUGGCUGGUGGAAUACCUCAGUCGCUCCACGAUCACAGGAUACUGAGGAGGGAAAGUUACAUUGGUGGUAACUGUUGAUGUAGCGAGCACACAGUUAGUAGUUGUGAGACAAGCAAGCAGAAGCGGAAUUGAGAAAAGCAAUAGAAUUUUACGGUCGGUAGUGAAAGAGCUAUCAGACGUCACAGAUAUCUAACGCCGUUACAUUGUGUAGUGGCAGCAUUAAGUGUAGAGCAAGUUAUUCUCUACAACAUUGAUAUUAAGACUAUCACAACUACAUAUAAUCACACGGAGAUAUUACAGCACGUGUGGACGAACUAUGGCAGCGAUGAACCCAUAUGCUUUUCGUGGGUGGCACUUGCCUUCUUAUGCGGACGGGGCCAACUGCGACCGUAACUACCACAUGUAUGGAUCCUGGCCCCACUCGGGGUACUUUCCACCCGGGUCUAUGUACUCACUACAGACAGACACACCCAAACAACACGGAAAUGCCGACUGGAAAUUGCAAUCUAUCUGCACCACAUCGUCGGAAGGUACGUCCCCUCGUGAUCCAUCGUUAAUGAAGUCUGGCUAUGAAAGUUUGAUUUAUAAAGCUUCGAGUAACAGGAAUGAAUGUGAAAAUUCAUGUCGCGAGGACCCUCAAAGGAGUUGUUGUGCAAUUUCGUGCACGUGCAACAGUCAUCAGCGUUUGAACGUGCUAGACAAUAGCUGGCGGGGUUCAGAGGUACCCUCAGCCUUGGACCUUAACAAAGCGUCAUCAGUUACAGCAUACCCCUCGUUUUGCCAAAGAGAAAUGCAGCAAAUUCACCUACCAUCUACGACACUGGCUCCAACCACAGUUACACUAAGGAAACGACGGAGGCCAUACUCAAAAUUUCAAAUAGCAGAACUCGAAAGAGAAUACAACAACUCUACGUAUAUUUCAAAGUCUAGAAGAUGGGAACUAUCACAGCUCAUAAACUUGUCUGAACGACAGAUCAAAAUAUGGUUCCAAAACAGAAGGAUUAAAGCAAAAAAAGUGCAAAAAAGAGAAGAUUCUCCCGGAAAACCACAAGGACCAUGUAUGGGCCAACAAAUGGCCCAAUGAGAUUACUCGUUACAUUAAACAACAUUUCAUCGUCAACCAAUGAAAACAUUUGUCUCUCAGUUGUGACCAAUCGAUGUGUUGUCGUCACGUGACAUAAUAGACACACGACGUGAGAUGUGACGUAAUCUUAUUGCUAGCGUGACGUCAUGAGGACAUGUCUCAUUUUCGCACAUCAACAUAAUAAUGGUCCCACAUUGACAAGAACAAUCAUGAAGAGUGUUCACACGAGCACUGUCCCCGGACAAUUAAAUUGUCACCAAAUCAUAAGUAAUGGCUUACUUGAAAAGCAAGUUUAGAACGAGGUAUUCUCUCUGUCGAGUGGUCACGUGGCCACAAAAUGACGUGCUCCUGUCACGUGGCUAGAAAUAUCUUGAAAGAAACCAGCUUUACUGGACGUGACUGGUUGAUAAGUAUAUGGCGACUAAUGAUUGACAGUGUUGUCACUUGUCUUAACCAAUGACAGACGAUGUUACUGUGCCUAUUGCUAUGGUUUGUACUCUAGAUAGAAGUUUCCGCUACAAGUUAUAAUUUCACGGUUGAUCAUCAUAUCAUGAAUUUCAUAUCCCUAGAUCUACAUGAUUAGACAUACCGGACGCUAUUUUACCUCAGAUGCGCAUGUAUUUGUUUAUCAUGACUAGGUAUUUGAUGACGUCAUCGUGGAGUAUAGUUUGUUUCCCCGGAAGUGACAUCACUGUUUGGAUUAGAUGUUCCCCGGUAAUGUUCGAUUGCCUGGUUGUCUGUCUUGUCAAUGUAUUGUAUGUUCAUUUUGUUAAUUUCUGUGUUUACGGAGAUAUUCGUACAUUAUUUAGUAUAUACCUGUUAGAAUGUUUUAGAUUCAAUUAUGUAAGGAAUGUGUUGGCGCUCGUUAGCUUUAACCCGGGGUGAUAUCAAAGUAAUAAUCACCCUCUUAUCUCACACAGAAAAAAAACGGAAAUCAAAAUGAAGGCCGAACAAUACUAAUACCAUCUGAAGUUUGUACUAAGAAUUAACACAAUUUUAGAUACUGCCCGACUGAUACUAAGUAUUCUGUCAAGGCUUACAUUUUUCAGACAGAAACAAAACUAUGACUUUCAAACUUUAAAAUAAUAGAUGAAAUGACAAAAAUAACAAGGGAAAAAAAGAGAAAUGAAUGUCAGUGAUUAAAAUUGAGACUUUUUGAUGUUAAUCACUUAAAAUUAAUAUUGUGUCAAGGUUUCUGCGUUAAUAGAUGCGCUUAUUAGACAGUAUUUUGUAGAAAAAGGGAGUGUGUGUUUUCUGUAGCAUACAUGGCUAACUGGAGUCUCUUUGUUCACAGUUUGACGAUUAAUAAAGAUAAUAUCUAAAUUGUAUUACCCUUUAGGCUAGUGUCCGACGAUACAGGUCAUUUUAGAUAAAAUUCAAACUACUGAACAGACUAUCUUCUCUUCAACGCUACGGUGGUCUCUACAACAGAACCAUCUGAUUCUCAUAAUAGGUGUAACUUCUCUCAAUUGUCCACUAAAUUAUAAUCAUUUCUUUUUUUGACGAUAUCGAUAAAAUUGAACUUUAAGUGAUAUUGAUAUUCAGAUAUAUAUUGCUUAUAGGUCCAACUACCAAACUUAAUUUUGUAUAUGACAAACAAUUUAUUGGAUAAUUUCCUAGUUAACCAUUUUUGAAUUUAUAAACUUUUAUCUGUAGUUUUUGAAAUAACCACUGUCUUGUCGGAAUUACAAAAUCUAGCAGCGACUUAAGAACAUGUUCUUAUCCCUCUAAAUCAUAUUCUAAUUAAAGAUUAUAAUUCUCAAAAGUUAAUUGAAAUUUUAAAUUAUUUUAAUGACUAAUGAUAAGAAAUAAGUUCCUUGGUCUGAAACAGUGUAUGAACUGCAGAAAUCUACUUCUAGAAUAUUAAAGAAAAUACAAUAAUUAAGAUCAGUGAAAAAAUUGGGAUAAAAAUAAAUUUUUGACCUCGAUGUAAUGUAUAUACUUAAGCUAAUUUCAUUAACGAAAUACCACAAUAGCGAUAUGGAUGCCGCGAUUGACUGUUAUCGAUAUCCGACCACGUGACAGCCACAAACACAAUUAAUGUUAAAACCGUAUAUAUUGUCAUUUCUACAUUUGUUAAAUAGUUCAUCAAUUUAUUUAUUACAUAUACUUAAUACGAUAUAUUAAGUCUUGGGCAACAAAUCCGUCUUGAUAAAUAUAAAGAACUAUAUAGAUUAAAUUAAUUGUUCAGUUUGAAUUUUCAUCUAUAGUAUUCCUCUGAAAUUAUUUUCAAAGAUAAUAUAUAAAUUGAAUACCCUAUAAAUCUCUACUGCGUGAAGCAAUAUGUAAUACAAUUUUUCAACAACGUAAAACAAAAUCAAACAAAAAAUAGUUAUCGUUAUUGACAAAAAUACACUGUAGGCUACAUCUUUUUCAAACAUUUGUUUGACUCGGACUAUCAACCAAUUAUAAAAACCAUAGACUCGACAUAAUUUAAUAGCUUAAAGACUAGGGCCGAUAGAUAUAGUUCGUAAGUUUAAUAUUUACACUCAGUGGUUUUAUUUCUGAGAAAAAGCCAUAGACUGUAAUAGUUAACAGUGAAUUAGUUAUUCAAUAGAGUAUCAAAUUAAUUCGUCAAAUGUAUUCAUAAGACAUAUGCAUGUGAUGUUCAUAGCUUUGUGAACAGAAAAAUGAAGUAUAGAUAUGAAUGUAUGAAUGAAAGUGUAUACUAUAGAGUAAAUUAUGUAUCCCUUAAAGUGCUAUUCUACAUCUCAGAGUAGAGAUGUGACGUCAUUUGUGUAUUAAAUACGAACCAUUUGAAAUGAUAAAUAAAGUGUAUACAUGAAGGG